UGCCGGGGGGGUGGCGCUGGGGCCAUGCUGCGGUUGGGGGCGGCCGCGCUGCGGGCGGGCCGGGAUCGGGCCCCUCCGGGGGCUCUGCGCGGCCCCGCGCUCUCCUCUGCCCCCUCCGCCUCCUCCUCCGCCCCCCCGCAGCCGUUGGUGGUGGAGCUGAAGGCGGGGAAGAAAUACGCGUGGUGCUCCUGCGGGCACAGCAAGACGCAGCCCUUCUGCGACGGCUCGCACCGGACGGCGGCCCCCGGCGUCUCCCCGCUGCGCUUCACGGCCGAGGCGGACGGGGCGGCCCCGCUGUGCGUCUGCAAACGCACCCGCAGCCCCCCCUACUGCGACGGCAGCCACCGGGAGCAGGCGGCCCCCCCCGGCCCCCGGCCCUGAGCACGGCCCCGCCGCAGAAGCUCGGCCCCGCCGGGGCCACGGAGGCUGGGAAACGAAAGCCCCCCGGGACCGGGACCGGCGGAGUGGGUGCAGGAUGGGGGUGCCCCCGAGGGAGCUGGGCCCCCCCCCGGGAGCUGGGCACCUCAGGCACAGCCGGGUGAAUGGCAAUCUGCAGCAUUUAUUCCAUGUACAAAGCUGUCGUUAUACAAAUGUUUAACCAAUAACGAUAUAUGGAUAUCAGAAUAUGUUACAGGACAUUAAAACGCCGUACAGGAUGCAAA